GUGGUCUACUCCCACGUCCCAACGCUGUUCCCCUGCACUCCGCUCCACAUACAGACUGGACCCUGUCAGGGACACUGACAGGAAUACAGGGACACGGACAGGGAUACAGGGACACAGACAUGGAAGCUCCAAGAACACGAACACUGGAAGAUCUUGGGAUCGCAGCGAUGAGGAGGGGAAGCUAUGAUGAAGCUGAGGCUUUAGGACUACGUCCUCACCUUCGCAGUUUGGCUCAGAGGCGGCGUUCUGCCCCUUGCCUGACUUUUGAGAAUGCUCUGGGCAGCAUGCCAUGGUCUUCCAUCAGGGAGGAGACUUCGUGCUUUGUGUCGGUGGAGCAGUGCCCCUUUGUCCUAGGUCUCAGCAGUGAGAAUGCAGAGGUGGUCUUGGAUGCCUGUGUUCAGAUCACAGAGGGCAUGAAGACCAGAGAGAGACAACUCUUCCUCUUUAGCGACGUGAUUGUCAUCUCUAAGCUGAAAUCCAGUGCUAGCUACCGUCUGAAGCACAGGGUGAGUCUGGAGGAUCUGUGGCUUUAUGGUUUUGAGGAUGAGCCCGAGGAGGAAGAGGGAGGACGGGGAGUGAUCGACCUCAGGACCUCCCUUGUCUUGGCCUGGCCCCUUGCCUUCUGUGUGGUGUCCUUCCGCUUGCCUGAGGUGAAAGAACACUGGUUGGAUACUCUUCACAGGAAAGUAAAAGUAGCAACAGAGAGGGCAGGUUCUAUCACACCUCUCCCAAGUGUUCUGAUGAAGGUGCUGAGCAACAACAGUAUCACAGCUAAAACUAUGACAGGAAGUGGCAAGGAGCCGUUUAUCGAGUUUCUCCUUGAUGGCGGCACAAAGAUCCCCACCCUGCCCAGGGAGUUGUGUAAGGCAAAAGCAACGCAGCCCAUUGAAAAUGGCGGCAUCAGUAAGAGAAGCAUCAGCAUCUUGAGGAAGUUGAAGAGGAGUUCCACCCUCACCAGCAUGUCCUUCUGUCCAGACACAGACUCCAAGAGCCAACUGUUUGGACAGCCUCUCUCCAAGACCUGCCCAGAGGAUGGGAUGCUUCCCAAGCCUAUCACAGAGAUAUUGGUGCUUCUGUGGAAGAAAGGCCCCUCCACAGAGGGGGUGUUCAGGAAGGCCUGCAACAAUAAGACCCUGAAGGCCAUCAGGGAGCAGCUCAACAGUGGGAUGGAGGUGGAGAUGGAGGCCCUGCCCGUGGUUCUCCUGGUGGGUCUACUCAAGAGUUUUCUGAACGAGCUCCCGGGACGCCUGCUAGUGUCGGAGCUGUAUGAGACCUGGAUGAAGGCCCUGGAGAGUGAGGACGUCCACCAAAGAAGCUUGGAGCUCAAGAGGGUGGUAGACAAGCUACCAGGGCCUAACAUCCUCCUGCUGCGGAACAUUCUGUGUGUGCUCCACCACAUCACAGAGAGCCGGCGCGCCAACAAGAUGGACGCCAAGAAUUUGGCGGUGUGCAUCGCACCCACUCUGCUGCAGAAGGACAUCAUGUCCUUAGACUUGCAGACCGUGGAAAAGGCGGCAGAACUGACAAGGUUCCUGAUAGAGUAUUGCUGUGAGAUCUUUGGAGAAGAUGUCCUGAGCCUUUUGGGAGGUCCCGAUGAGGAUAGCUCAGAAUCUGUGUCGUCACAGCGGCACGACUCUGCGUAUGACAGCACCGACCCGGACUCUGAGGGGGACAGCAGCGGGUCCACGCAGGGAGAGGGGGAAAGGGGCAGCUCGUCCCCAUCUCUCCUCUCCGAGUGCGGGAUGGAACGCGGCGCUGUCCCCUCCUGCCCCUCCAAUGCCAUCUUCCACACCUUCACCAACACGAAGCCGUUUAACCGCCGCUGCUCAGAGCCAAUCAUCUUCCCCUCUGCCGAGACAAGGAACCUGGCCUGUAGCCAUGAUGACUUCUCCGUGGAGGGCCGGGACUUUGAGGAACAGCCACUCAAAAAGCAGAUCUCUAAUGACUCCUUCCUGCUCCCGGGGCAUGGUGCCUCCACCAGGCCCGCCGCCACGCUGUCCCUUCCCAAACUCGGCGGUAGCCAGACGAUGACUUGGCGGCAGCUUGACCUGUCAUGCUCAUCAUCCUGCUCCCUGGAGAGCGCCAACUCCAACGCAUCGGAUGGCUCUGUGUUUACCAGCUCGCCGCUGGCCUCCCCGGUCUGCCCACGCAGGGCCCAGUCCACACGUCCGAGGGCGGACACGGUGGAAGUGGCCAAGCGACGCACCCAGUCCAUGAAGGUGGACAGCAAAGCCUCGAUGAGGACCAAGAGCCUGGGAGCCUUUGGCUUCUCCCGGACCAGCCUGAAGAAAGGCGAUCUCCAGAAGGAGAAGCCUUUCCCCUGUGGAACCCUCCAGGAGGACUCCCUGAGUGAGGCAGAGGCCCCGGUGGCCGAGGACCAUCUCAGGCAGAAGCGCCCCCUGUCUGCCGUGGUCUUCCAGUGGGUGGACAGCAGACUGCCCUCCCAGCUCCCCUCGUAUGAGCAGGCAGUCCAGAGUGUGACUCAGCCCGCCCUGUCACAUUACGGCUCCAUGACUGUCAGAGCCGCAGCCGCCACUCUCAGCAGGAAGCCCCGCCCAGCCUCUAUGAACGAAAACGUCCUGUACUCCUGUACCGUCAAUCAAAACACAGACUGCUUCUCUCAGGGGACAGACAGUGAUGAUGUCACCGCAGCCCAACAACAUUCCGGCGUGUUCCGCCAGCGAGCGAUGUCUGAGUCUGUGCCGAGAGCAUGCCAUGAGACCAUGUCACACCAUGAGACUGUGUCACGGAGGUGCAGCCAGCCCGUGUUCGAGGAGAAUUCUUACGCCAAGGAGUCCUACGUUUAAUGGCCUUUUUCUGACAUUAUAUCUCACUUUUUUCACUUUGAAUGUACACAAAUUAUAAUGUACAACUGCUAAGUUGAACUUGCUGAGUAGCACUGUUUAGAAUACAGAAUUAAAGAUAUCCACCUGAAAAGCUAUUUAUGAAGGUAGAUACUCCUCUACUCUAGGAACAGCAAAGCUAUGUAAAUAAUCACAAUCUGAAUCUGCAGGUAUAGAGGGUAUAGAACGAUAUGCUAUUUUGGAUAUUUCUUCUACAGUUUAACUUUUGUUAAUAUAAUGAUAUGUCCUGUACAUAAAUGUGUAAAUUUGUGUAAAUGUUAUUCUUCUUCUGUGUUUCUUUUUGUGUCUUGACUCUACAACAUAUUUCCUUCCACUACAAUAAAGCAACUUUAUGUUA